CUAAGUUUGUGAAUAGGUUAACUGAGUCAUCAGUAAUAAAAUGUUUAUAUUCUUUAUUGCUGUUAUUAUCAUUCAGGUUUGGGCCGAUGAGCCUAGCUGGAAUAGAGAUAAAGGAGUAUUUUGUCCGGACUGCUCAAAACUGAGGUGUACAGAACUAGAGGAAACAGAGUGUCCCAAAGGAACUGUUUUAACUGAAAAUGUUCUGUUUGGUUGCUGCCCUGCAUGUGUAAAGUUUAUAGAGUACGGAAAACCCUGUCCUGGAGCAUAUUAUGAAAAUUCGGACCCUAUUUUGAGGUACGGAAAUUACAGUUCAAAAAAUUAUCACUGUUAUCCAAAUGAAUUCAUCAGAGCAACUGUUGAUCUUCCGUGUUCCAAGAUACAGAUUUUUAAUCAUACCGCCAAACUCAUUGAGUUGCCAGAACGAGUUUUUUCUGCGGAUUGGGUCAAAUCAGUAAGUGAUCAAUUAAAGAACAUUCCAGUAAUUUCAUCAGCAAGAUGUAGUCCAAACCUAAGAUGCCUGGAUGAUAAAGAUGAUAAACAUGACUUCCCUGUGUGUUUGGGUCCUGUAGGUGAAAAUUCAAUUUCUUCAGAUCUGAUUCCUUUUAACCAGCUUCCGUGUACAUAUAGAAGAUCGGAUUUCAGUGCUUUUAAUGAGGCACAAGACUGUUCGGUGAGAUAUUGGCAACCAGACUGCAAAUACUACCUAGGUAUAUUUGCUGCAGUACAAACUAAAUCAGAUGAUUCGGUAUAUUGGUGCUCUUCUCCCACGGGCGAGCAUUUGUUUGGAAGAGAGGACGCUUCAACAACGUCUCCUGAAAUUAACUGCAAAUGCUCAAGAAAGCACUGGGAGCUUAAGGUGUCCAAAAAGAUUAAAAUCAAUGAAUCUAUCUCUGCAAGACAAGAUGUGAGCUUACACUGUGAGAAAAAUGGAAACUAUGAAGAGCUACAAUGUGAUAAACAAAUGUGCUGGUGUAUGAAUCCAACAACAGGAUUUCCAGUAUCUAAGAUUCUCCCUGAAACUUUGAUCACUCUCCUACCUUGCUUCGACAGGUAUGUUAUAGUGCGUUCCUUUGUCUUGUCAGUCUGUCUGUCUAUGGCAAAUCUCAUAACAUUCGAGUUUGUCCUUUGUUCUUUGUCCUUUGUCCUUUGUUCCUUUGUCUUGUCUGUCUAUUACAAAACACAUGACCCAAAAAAAGGUUUAUGA